AUGCCAAUCAAGCCUAUGAAAACCAAGAGCUUUACACCUAGUUUGAUUAACGAGCCACGUUCAUUGACUCUUCCUCCACUACCGCCAAAACCCCUAACGCAAAUUUCCUUGAAAUGUCCUUUUCGGCCUAUAGCUUUGAGAGAACGUGUGUGGCUUGUUGAACGUCAGCUAACUACUGAUCGUAAAACAUUGACUGCUACCUAUGAAGAUGCACGUUGGGAAUCUAGGCUUCCUUAUUUUGAAAACAAUAAAGAGUGGAAUUUGAUCGAUUUUUUACAGUGGAGCCUAAAGGAUGCAAAAUCGUCCGAAGUAAGAGAGUUUUGGAACAAUAGUUCUACUGUCACGGAAGCUUUAAGAAAGGCAUCGACCGAUUUUAGCGAAGCACUUUCUAACACUACACGAGAGACUAUACAACCUGCUUUGAAGCGGAAGUUAAGUGAGAGAGAGAUAGCCACAGAUGCCGACAAUAAUCCGUUAUUUAUAUCUGAGCAUGGAAAGGAUUCGAAGAAUGCAAUUAAUCAGGACGAGAAAGUGGAAGAUGAGCUUAUUGAAUACGCAAAAAGAGGGCCCGAGGACGAAGAAGAAAUAAAGCAUUUUAUAAGCAUUGAAAAAGAAUUGUUACGGGAACAAUCAAAUGAGGAUAAAAUGUCAACGCAAAUACCUUUAGAAUGUCUCGAACAAAUUUUCAAACAUCUUUUACAUUACAGAUCAACUUUAUUUAAUUGUCUUUUGGUAAAUCGAUCAUGGUGUCGUCAAGUUGUACCAUUAUUAUGGAGUAGACCAUUUAGUCGCUUACAAUGGAAAUCAUCUUUACGCCUUAUACAAACAUACAUUUCGUGUAUGACUAAAGAUCAGAAAUCCUUCUUUACAGAUUUAGAUAUCUUUAUACCGGAAUCAUCAUCACCUUUAUUUAGUUACGCUAAAUACUUGAGAAAAUUUAACUAUAACGAAUUAUCAUCUUGCGUUAAUAUAUGGUAUUGUGACUACUAUCAGCAUGGAGAUGGUAAUAUUAAAUCUGAUGAAUACAUUAAAAUUAAUUUAAUUACAAAAGAACUUGGAAAAUUCAUUAUUUCACAUUCAAAUUUAAUUCAUGAACUUUAUAUUUCAAAAACAUUUUGUUUUUCACAAAUAAUGGAUAUUACUUCUUUUCCCGGAGCUAAAAGUUCACUUUCACGUCUCCGAAAAAUUAGAAUCACAGGAGCUCGUUACAUGGAAACCGAUAUAAAUGACCUUUCAAAUAUUUUAAUUGGUUUAUCUCAAAUAUGCACACAAGUACGUGAUAUAGAAAUUUACAAAUUUCACGAAACAAGUUCUAGGUUAAUAGAAGGAUUAAUCACGUUAAUUAAGUCUCAACAAAAUCUUUCGAAAUUUACUGUUUCUUAUUGGAAUUUAAAUUUAGAACCUUUAAUUUUUGCUUUAGAGACACAAAUGGGUCUUUCACUUCAUCAAUGUGAUGGACUUGACUCGAAAAAUUUUCAAACAAUAAUUAAUUCCCCUGUCGGAUUGAAAAAAUUAUACUUGACUGAUAAUGAUAUGUCCACGGGUACUCUUAUCACUUUAUUACGUAAUACUAGUGGCACAUUAAAUCAAUUAACUUUAGACGAACGCGUAACAAUAUCAUCAACAAGCAUUUUCGAAACUAUCGCAACACAUUGUUAUAGUUUGUCACAUCUCGAUAUUAAAGUAUUAAAUCCAAAUAUUCUAAAUUUGUUUCGUCCAUUGCGACAAACACAAUUAAAACAUCUUGUAUUAAAUAAUGUAUCAAGUAAAGGUUUAUAUGAUGAUGAAGUAUUUCCUGAAAUUGGAAAAUUUUUACCAAAAACUUUACAAAAUUUAGGUUUAAUUUAUUGGGAUUUUACUUUACAAUCUUUGCAAUCCUUCUUAAGAAAUUGUGAUUGUCCGAUAAAAAAAAUAUUUUUAUAUAAAGAUAGUGGACUGAAUGAUGAUCAUUUAAAUAUUAUUACUCAAUAUGCAAGAGAUAAAGGUAUAUUAAAAUCUUUAAAUUUUUUAAUUAGAUCUUGUGGUAAAAUUAGUAUUCCUUCACAAGAAGCUAUUAAAAGAGCUCAAGAAGUUAUUCCUUUGGUUCAAGGAAAUAAUCGUUUUAAUUAA